GAUGGUAUUUGUAUACAUUUUAAACGGUUAAUAUAUGAAUAUAAUACUUAUGUUCUUGCAUUUUCAGAUUAAAACGAUGUCGACAAGAGAAAAGUUUUUCCGAAGUUUACCAAUAUUCAAAAAUCCCGUGUGUUUGGUGCGCACCUUGAAAGAUGGAAAGUUUGAAACGGAUCAGGAUGUCUUAGAUCAGUUAAAGCAAAUAGAUGCACCGUUAGUAGUAGUUGCCAUAGCAGGACUUUGCCGAACAGGAAAGUCGUACUUAAUGAACUGUGUGGCAGGAAGGAAAGAGGGAUUCCUGCUUGGAAAUACAAUAGAGUCGGUAACAAAAGGUAUUUGGGCAUUAUGCCAGGUCCAUCCAGAGCAAGAGGGGACUGUCAUAUUAAUGCUGGACACGGAAGGUCUUGGCGAUGCUGCUAAGGGUGACGUUUGGCAUGACAAUAAACUUUUCGUUCUGGCUACGCUGCUUUGCAACAUCCUUGUUUAUAAUAUGAUGUCUGUCUUCAAUCAGGAUGUCAUCGAAAAACUGACAUUUAUCACUGAAAUUUCAAAAAACAUUUCCUUCAGAAAUAGCAAUGAAGAUGACCAAAGCGAUCAACAGUUAGACUUGAUCUUACCAACACUUGUUCUUUGUUUGCGAGACUUCUCGCUUAAUAUGCAAAUAAGUGGCAAAGAAUAUACACCAGAUGAAUACUUAGAAUACUGCCUCCAACUGAAACCAGGCAACGAUGGCUCUACGAAAAGAUUUAACAUGCCGAGAGAAAGUAUUAGGAAUUACUUUCCAGUCCGUAAAUGCUUCGUGUUUGACAGACCCGGGGAUAGAAAUGUCAUGUCCAAGUUAGAAACGGCAGAUAUAAAUGACUUGUCCAAGGCCUUCUUGCAAGAUACGGAAAUGUUCGUUGAGUAUUUACAUACUUGCAGGCCGAAAGUCCUUCUGAGUAGUAAACCCGUCAAUGGACCAAUGUUUACCUCUUUGCUCGAAGCUUACCUCAAGGCUAUUCGGACAGGUGCUGUCCCUGAUGUUGAUGACGCAAUAAUGGUUGUUGCAAAUAAAGAAAAUGAAAGAAUGGCUACAGAAGCCAUUGAAACCUUCAAGGAAAAUGUUAAAAUUGUUCAACUACCUGUUUUGCAAACCCGAAGAUUCAGUGAAUUGUACCAUGAAGUCAAGCAGGCUUCUCUGUCACAGUUCAGACAAGAAGCUGUAUUUGAUGCAGAAGUGCACGAGAAACGAGCAAUUGAUGAGAUGGACAAGAUCUGGACAGAGCUGAAAAACGAAAAUUUGAAGAUGAUACGUGUUUACUGCGAAAAGGAGUUGAAGCAGAUGUACGAAAACGUCAUUGGAGAAAAUUCAAAGAAGAACAAAUACAAUGUGGCUGGUGGAUACCCUUUGUACAAAUUUGACAUGGACAAAUUAAAGAGAAAGUAUAUUGUGUGCAUGGAAGAUACUGAUCAGUACGAAGCAUUGGAAGUGCUACGGAUUUUCAUGGAAAAGGAGGCAGAAUAUGAAAGUGAGAUAAUGUUGGGUGACCAGAAACUUACUUUAGAGGAAAAACAAAGAGAAAUUGAACGCAUUCAUAAAGAAAAUAAAAAUGCACAAGAGAAACAACAAGAACUUUUUACGCGGAGAAUGGAAGAGGAGAAGAAAAGAACAGAAGAACACAACAAACGGAUAGAAGACGACCGGAAAGAAUAUAUGAAGCGUGAAGAGGAGAAAAUGCAAAUUAUAAUGAGUCAAUGGCAGGAACAAAAGAAUCUUACAGAAAAGCAGUUCCAAAUGAUGAAAACAGAAAACGAAUCACAAAGACAACAAUUCAAUGCCGAUAUUAGAAGGAUGACUGAGGAACAUCGAUCUCGAGAAGAAAUGAAUAGACAUUAUUUUGAAGGUAUGAUUGAGAGAGAUCGCGCAGAAGCCGAAAGACGGGUCAACAGUUUAACAGCACAGUAUACCCAGCUUAUUGCAGACGAGAGAGAGAGACAUUCCAACGACAUAGCAAAAUUAGAAGAAAAGACGAAGAAUCUAGAGGCAGAGGUAAAUAUUUUGCGAAGAAGAAGCAGUGGCGGAGGUGGCGGUUGCCUUCUGUCUUAAAAUUAAAUUUUGAUAUAUACAAGUUAACGUAAGGCAACAUUAAACAAGCUGCUGUACAAAGAAACACAAUGUAUAUGAAAAGUAAAAAUAUUCAGAAGUAAGUAAGUAAGUUAAUAGGGAUGUUGUAUUAGCAUACAUGUACGUACGUGUAGUUAAUUCCUAUCCAUACCACGUGUCUACUAUUUGUCGAUAACUUAUUAUAAAUCGAAUCAUAAUCUACACAUUUAUGAUUGAUAGCUUGUGUUUACUAGUAUUGUUGAAAAUGUAAGGCUUACUCUUAAUUUUGACACCACAAACGCUUAUAGAAAUAAAGAAGAAAAUUUUAACUGAUGCGUACCAGUACAAGUAUGAACGUCCCAGGCUGUUUUCUAUAUAUGAUAUUUUUCAAUCAUUAUUCACUUCUAAUACUUAUAAAUGGCUUUAUCUUCGAUGUAAAAUGUUUGAAAUAACAGCUGACAAUCGGAACAGGACUUUAAAGUUCACAAAAUACGUAAACUGUUGUUAUUUCUUGCUUAUCAAAUUAUAUGUACAUGUACAUUUUUGCUAUGACAUUUAUUCCUGUUUUAUUUGUAUUAGUGUAUAAAUAUACAAUUGUAAAUAUCAUAAGAGCCAUUUGAUUUCAAUUUCGUAUAUGGUGACUACUAUAGCCUGGUUCACACUUAGCAGAAGUAAAGUUUAAUAAAUUCUUAUGCUUAAAUUUGAUUUCAAUAAAUAAUACUAGGUACACGCAUCCACUUUUGGUCAUGUCAUGUACUAAAACAUGCAUAUCUUUCAUCGGCAAUAUAGAUGUUUUGAAAAUGAGGCUGCAGUCUGAGUCUGUAUAAUCACAGAUUAUAUUCUGGAUUGCCUCGACCAGAUAAAAUAGGGAUCAUACAAUUUUACUUGAAUCAUCAAGUGUAUUAUAUGAAGAACUGAAAAAUCAUAAAGUAAAAUAAGCUAUUACAAUUGCUAAAUAUUUGAUAAAUACUUCAUAUGUGUUAGUUUAAAAGUAUAUCCGGCUAGUUAGGUGGUCUUUGAAUAAAAGAGAUAAGUAUGGAAAUUAAAUGUAAGGUUGUCUCGUGUGACCACUCAUUCCCAACAACCUUUAGCGCAGUUGCCAAUCUGUUAUUUAUUGAUUCUCCUUUCGGAAUAAAUUGUCAAAUGAUUCUCCUUUAGGGAUGAAUGUAAACUUUGAGUUAAUUGAAACAAACAAUUUGCGAAAAUGUUUUUGUUGAUAAAAAGUGAAACGGUCGGUUUCUAUCUAAAAGGACGACAUCAGCAACGAAAACAGAAAUUUUUGUUUGCAAGUAAGAGGACGGAAAGUAAUGAGAAUGAAUGCAAGUUAUAAAUGAUAUAUUUAUAAUACUGUUUUUGUAUGAAAUCUAUAAAUUCAAAGGCUGUCAGAGAUAAGCAUAACUUCGUCGUUUUUUUUUAUUUAUAGUGUCUUCUUUUCAUUGUAUGAUCAACCGCAUUUAUCCUCAUCGUAGUCAUAUAUCUUUUUUCUCCAUAGUUUAAACUAUAUUUUUCUUCAUUCUCUUCAUGUAAUAUUCUGCUUUCAAUGUUCUUAUCUCAAAGUUUAAUGCCUGUUAAAUGAAGAUCAUAUCUAUCAUCUUAUAAGUUCUACCAUGUUAGGGUUCUGCUACAAACUAGUACAAAUCAAUAUGCAUAAUUCUGAUAUCAAGGUAAACUAUCAUUUUGAAAGUUUAUUCAAAUGCUUUGAUUAAUUUCGUAAAAUACAUAACAAAAUAAAACCCUAGUUGAAGAGGUUUCUCUCGAAACGCUGUAAAGAAACGGUAGUGAUUUUCGUAAGCAAAUAUCCGUGUAUAUGUUCAAACAGAAACGUAUAAAAAGACAUAAAAAGAAUUGUUUUCGCUUGUAUUGUAUCGAUAUAUCGUUUAAAGUCAAUUUAGACCAUACUAUUUACUGCAUGACCAACAUGGUGCAUGCGUUUUUGAAUAAUUUGACAAUAUUUGAAAGCAUAUAACCAAUAUAUCAUUUUAUUCAUCAUAUCUAAGACUAACAAAUGUAAGCACAUUUUAAAUUUCAAACACUGUAACAUAAAGCUGAUGGCAUUCUUCUUUAUGGUAAUUCUGCACGUUUGAGAAAAUUGAAGUUAUGGUAUGGAUAGCAUACAAUUAAGCCCGGCCAAUACCAAUACAUGUACCAAUACCCGUACCGCGUGAUCGACGUGAACUGAGAGCAGUUUUAUCGAAUACUUAAAACAAUUAAACAAAAAUAUGUUCAAUUUAGCACACCAGAUUUAUUAUAAUGGAACAAAUUACGCCAAACAAAAAGGGAUAUUGAAAUUGAAAGUAUAAAUGACAAUCUGGAGGAAACAUUGGAAAAGCUUACACAGUCAUUUAACAGUUUGCAAUUUGUUAAAAGUAGAUUUUUAGUUAACUAUUAAACCUGUGAUCACUGGUACGGAACAAAUUACACAUCUAUAUAUUAGAUAACAGAGGAAGGGUGGUGACUGCUGUGAAAACCAUGAAAUUCAAAAACAAAUGUUAAUGUCAAAGUAGAACCCUGCAUUAAGACUUCCUCUUAACUACGCUAUGAUUUACUUUUAUCCUGAAGACUGUUUUUCUUCGAUAUUCCAGUGAUCGCAAACCCCCUUUAUAAGAUCACUUUGUUAUUUGCGAUUAAAAAAUCAACAGGUCGACAAAAUGUAGAUGUUGUAAGCUCGCUUUGAUCGAGUCUGUUUAUGGAAGGCAGCAGAAAUGCAUGCUACCGUCAUGCCUUCUAGUCCAAGGUGGAGCAGUACUCAAUAAUUGCACUUGUUACAAGUACUAAAAACAAUUAAGAGACAUCCACAGAUUUGUUCAUACGGCAGUAUAGUCAGACCCUAUAAUAAUACCCUAACAGUGUAGUUUUAUGAAAAACGAGCGGUAAAUGAAAUGGAAUAGGAAUUUAGAGUGGGAAUCCGAGGUUAUGGGGUCUGCAUAUCAUAAAAACUGGCAAAAGGCAAAAUUAAAAAGCAGAUCCAUAUACAAAGGGUGAUUAAAAAUACCCAACAGUAUUGGAACCAUUAAAGUCGAAAUGUUCAAACUAAAAUAUUAAACAAUACAAUUAACACAACAAAUGUCGUGCUGAAUGAUCUGAAAAGAUCGGGAUGAAGAAAUAAAACUACAUAUUUCAUAUCCUGUCAAAAAUGACCACAAAUUGACAAAACUCAACCACUAAUAAGGCCUCGUCUAGACCAUUUCUCUCCUCGUCUGUCAAGACUAAACAAAUGUGAAGCGCUUAAUAUUCACAAUUUAGCUUAGCAAGCGCAAAAUAAGUGGUGAUUUUCAAACUUUUAUUUAUAGAAACAAUCACAUUAACAUUGACUCAGUAUUUAAUAGUUACUGUAAAGGAUCAAUGUCAACGUUAUAAACAUAAAUAAGCCAUUGGCCCGGAUCACAGGUUGUAUAACGUUUGGUUGUUUGAUCAAAUGACUGUGUUUUAAAAUGGAUUCUAACACUUUUACGAUUUCUUUUUUAUAAACAAAGAUGGAUUUUACCGUGUAUUGUCUUGUCGAUUUAACACGUUUCGCAAAAUGACCUACUUUUGACUAUUCCGGUUUACUCUGUCCAUUUACGCCUAAAACGGAUCCCAGAUUACUAUCCCUUCCUGGUGUGGUAUUAGACUGGAAAUAGAUUUUAGUUUUGCGUGCUUUUUUAACAAAUAAAACACGUUUUUCGUUCAGAUGCGUCGUAAUUAAUCACUCAGGCCUUCGGCCUAUUACGCAAAUGAACUCAAAACCGUGUUUUAUUUCCACCAAAGCACGCAAAACUAAAAUCCAUUUCCCAAACAAAUACAGUGAAAACAAGAAAGUAUGUUCUCAUUGCUAUGGAGGUAUAGUUAUUUUUGCAUUUUUAUAAAACAUUUGUUUGUAAAUGUAAUUCAUAAUACGUUUUUCAGGCAUUAUCUUAUGUACCAUGUAUCAUGAAUUGUAAAUAUUGCAAUUUUGUUUGAAAUAAACUAUGUUUAAACUAUAAUCCGUUAUUGGAAAAAUGACAUUUAUAACACAGUUCUGUGCUUAUGAAUACAUUUCGAAACAUUAUGUAAACACGUAUCCAUAUAUAUAUAAAAGACUACAUUGAUAAUAAAAUAGUACAGGAAUGAAAGAGUUCGUGAGAAAAUAAAUCCUAGAUAUGGUAGUAAAAUGUCUUAUCCAUCGCAGCUACAGAUAUGAUUUAAAUGUACUCGUAGUUUGUUUCUUCAAAUUUAGUUUAUUCUUAAUGAACAACAAAUAAGUGCUGCAGUUGAAUACACGUACAUUAUAGUUGAAAAUGCGAUAAAAAUAUAUUUAUCGGUAUUUCCACAAUUAUCUGUAUGCAACAGUUUAUUUUACGUACUGAUACACAUUCUCAAUAUAGAACGUGAAGAAUUUGAUUGAUAUAAAUAAGCCAUAUCUACAUUUUAUAAUGCCCGCCUUUAACUAAACUAUUUCAUUUUUAAAUAUAUACUACUUAUAUAUCUUUUUAAAUUAAUCGUGCACGUAGAACUACAUUUAUAAUUGUAUGCCAUGCAGUAGCAAUCGUUUGUUAAAAAAAAUAUUUUGGUGUUAGUACUGUGCUUAGUUUUACAUGUAAUAAGUUCUACUAUUCUAAACCUAAUGCAUAAUACUGUUAGUACACAUACCUUUACAGUAAUUGAUCAUACAUAAGGUCUACCUUUAAUCCUUGUAUAAAUAAAUGAUUUAAAUUAACACUGUUUUUUUUUUAAAAUAUAUUCACUUCGUUGGUUAUAAGACAUGAUAAAUUGAUUUAUAUGUGAAUAUCAUUUUUAUUUUAUGUUGAUUUGCCUAGACAAACUAAAAUUGUGUCGUUUGCUUUAAAGUAAUAGAUUGAGGAUAUGUGUUUGUUUCUCAGUGUAAGAUCGUAAUAUAUUUCACCAAGUGAACACCAUAUGCACCUUGGUAGAACCGCCGACCUUCCUCACAUGAAAAGAAACUCACCCUAAGCGAGGUUUCGAAGCCACAUCGAUAAAAGGCCAGCGACAUUAGCCACUCAGCCAGUAAUACACAUUAUCUAUUGAUAGAGAGUAUUAUAAUGCGAUUCAUGAGUCUUCUUUAAAGCCUCUUUUACUGAAUCAAAUACAUUUAUUUAUAAGUUUGUAUAUAAAACUUUUUAAAUGAAUGUAUCUGAUUCAGUAAAAAAAAAAGCAUUAUAUAAGACUAAUGAGUCGCAUUAUAAUACUUACUAUUAAUUUGUAUUAAUUUACAAAUAAAUUUACACAGUCAAUACCCUUAAAGUUAUUCCUUUUCUACUUUAAGAUCUUCUUUCAAACAUCAACUUUAUUGUUAUCUACAUUGAAAUAGUCUGCUACAAUAUAUGUAAAUACGAUGUUGUAAAAUAGGGAGAGGAACUGGGUUUCGUUCAAAUCCAUUUUGAGCAAUUUGGAACAUGUUUAAGCAUAAAACUUACUACAUAAAUAUAGUGUGAUGAUGAUCCUUUCUUUCUAAAAAAUGUUUAAAUUUGUGAAAUGCUGACUUUGUGUAGCUAUCGUAAUAAAUAUAUUUAUGCACAAUGAAAUGCUUGCUUGUAUACAGUCCUGUUACAUAAGAUCAAUAACAAUUUUAGUUUAUGU